AUGGAUAGUGUUAAAGUAACAAACGUUCAAAUUCAUGGCGUUAAAGACAGUAUACAAAAUGAAGUUAAUUUGGAAGAAACCUCACCUUCCCACGUUGACACUUCUACCGAUGGUAAACCAACUAUUUCAAACAUUACACCUAAUAAGCAACAAACCCAUUCAACACCUCAAAAAGAAAAUAUAUCAGAUCCAAAAGGGCAUAAUUUAUCUACUACUACUCAAACUUCUUCAACGUCUGGUUCUCAUGAUAUGAACGUAUUGAAGACGACAACAGCAAACUACACACCUGAGUCAGUCAACUUUUCUUCACCCUCCACACCAAUAGAUUCUAACACUUUAGGUUCCUUUAACCAAUUUAGUGUAAAUCCGGAAAAGACAACUCCGGGACAACCCAAUAGUCCUAAUAAUGCUGCGAAAGCAAAACCUUUUGUAUGCACUGUGUGCAACCAAACUUUCAGCCGUCAACAUAAUCUCAAGUCUCACGCUCUAACACAUUCACAGGAAAAACCUUUCCAAUGUGAUAUAUGUCAGCACUUCUUUCGAAGGCAUCAUGAUUUGAAAAGGCACCAAAAGUUACAUACAGGUGAAAAACCAUAUCAAUGUCCGCAUUGCAAAAGAAGUUUUGCAAGAUUAGAUGCUUUAAAUAGACAUUUAAGAGCAGAAAGUUUUUGUGGGGGACCACAAAAAAAAAUUUACAGCACAGACUCAAAGAUAGAGCAGCAGCAACAACUACAGCAACAACCGCCACCCAUUCACCUAUCGCCACAACAAACUACGCCACAGCCACAAUUACUGUCUAUCCAAUCCCAGCCGCAAGGUGAUAUUACAACCAAAUCUCCAAAUCAACAACCAGAUCCGAAGGCAAAUGCAUCAUCACAACAAAUAGUGCAACCUCAACAACAAUUCAAAAAACCUCAAGAAGAUUUGCAAAACAAGCAAACAACAAAUUUAUCAAAUAAUAAUAAUAAUUCCCAAGCGAAAACCGAUAUCUCACGACAACAAUCUCAAGAUUUUUACAAAAGACAACAAAUGAUCCAACACGAUCAAUAUCAUGCAUGGCAACAUCAACCAUUACAAACUCAACAAUCAGCACAAAUUCAGUCAAUUCCAUCCCCCAAUACACAAUCUUUAGCUAAACCAGUUCAAAAUCUCGUUAUUCCUAAUUCUACACAUCACCAAUUCGUAUUUCCAGUGGAAACUCCCGCAUCAAUAUCUACUAAUGCAACAGCUCCUCAUUAUCAAAUGCAAUAUUCACAUAAUCAAUCGGAAUUUAACGUACAAGUUCCAGAUUCUCAACGUAGACCACCUGAAGCUUUGAUGUCAAAUGAACAGGAUAUAGAUGGACGCGUUAUUCAUAACAAAGCAUCCUCACAGAGAGAAAUGCAGCUUAUUGGAAGAAAUAACUAUUUGGAAGAGCGAGUUCGAGAAUUGGAGAAUGAAGUUAUUAAUGAACGAAAAUCGCGCGCUCGACGUGAAUUUUUAGAAACUAAAGUCACUGAACUUGAGAUAGAGAAAAAACUUCUCAAGCAACUUCUCUUGGAACGGGAUACUAAUGGGAGUUUGGAUACAAGUCAAAAUCAUGAAAAAAAACGUAAAUCAACUUCAUCAAUGGAAUCACCAAAUCCUUCUAAACAUCAAAAAGAUGGUGAUCGUAUCAUAAUUCAACAAUCAUCACAAUAG